AUGGAUGCUGACAUAUUACUGUACGAACUAAGGAGAAAAUGGUGCUCUCCUCUUUGCUCUCCACCUCAGCUCAACAUGUUCAACCUGAUGAGCAAUUGCUGCAGCUGGGUUUCCAAGCUCCAGCAACCAAUGAGGAAGAUCACAGUGUUGGUAGUGGGUCUUGACAAUGCUGGAAAGACAUCUACCAUUAGAGGGAUGUUGAGAGUACCCACAGGAGAGAUAGGCCCGACCCACGGAUGUGUGCGCACGGAGCUGAGGGUUGAAAACUUCUUGGUGACUCUGUUGGAUAUGAGUGGUGCUCCGGCGGCUCGGGGAGCAUGGAAGGAACACUAUGGGGAGGCCCAUGGCAUUAUUUUUGUUGUGGAUUCCAGUGACAGACAACGGGUCAAAGAGGUUAAAGAGCUGCUCACGGACAUUCUGAAAAACCCCAGAGUGGCAGGAAAACCGCUACUGGUACUGGCUAACAAACAGGACAAAAUGAACGCCUUGUUGGGGAGUGAACUUAUUGAGAUGCUGUCUCUGGAGAAACUGGUCAAUCAGAGUCAUUCUCUGUGUCACAUUGAACCAUGUUCAGCUUUGAUAGACUUGCGGCGCUGGUCAGACAAAAAGACACUGCGUGGUCUGCGUUGGCUACUGCGGGCCGUGUGUCUCGAUUACCCAGAACUCUGUGCACGUGUGGUCAGAGAUGCUAGGAGGCCACUAGGUCCGGAAGAUAAAGAAAGGAGAGUGAAAGGCGAGAAAACCCGUGGCAAGACCAAAGAAGAAAGAAUACAAGGCAGCAAGACAGAUCUAAGGCAAGUCCAGCACCCCCUGGAGAAAGAACGGAGAACAGGAGGCACUCUACAACCAAUAAGAAAUAUUUUGAACAAGGAAAACACACUAAAAAGGAAGUUAAAGAGGAAGAAGAAGGCAAAGGUCAAGAUUAAAAAAGAGAAUGCAAAAAAUAAAGGAGGGGAAGAGGAAGAGGAGGAGGCUGAUGGAAAUGAAGCAGAACAAGAGCAGAAUGGGCAUAAAGAGAAAGCAAGCAGUGCUCUGUUGCCUGGGAAACGUGGGAAGCUUAAACGGAAGGUCAGAGUGAAAGAGGAGACCUUGGAUCUGCCGGAAUCUUCUGUUAUCAAGGACUCUAAGUCCUCCAAAGGAAAAGGAGAAAAGAAGAAAAAAAAGAAGGCAGUGAAAGUUAAACGGGCAAACAAGAUAAAUACUGAAGAGUUACCUACUGCAUACUCACAGCCUGUUGACUUAUCCACCACUUUUGAUCUUUACAGAAAAGCAAUUUUGGCUCUAAAAGCCCGACAGGACCAGGAUCUGGUGGAGGGUCAGUAA